AUGAAGAAUCGUUUAUGUUCUCUUCUAAGCUUCUUCAUUUCGAAGAAAAAAUCCCCUCAAUGUUCACAACUUCCGGAGGAUAUAUGCCGUCAGUUUUCAUUGGCCGAGAUCAAAGCCGCGACCAACAACUUCCAUCCGGACACCAUAAUCGCCACAAGUUAUUUUGGCAGUAUUGUUUACGAGGGGACCAUAGAUGAUGGAACCAUUGUCGCCAUCAGACGCUGCGGAAGCAGUUUUGGAGGAGGAGCGAGCGAGUUACAAUUAAACGAGGUACAGUUGCUUUGCCAGUUGCGCCACCCGCAUCUCGUCUCUCUCAUCGGCUUCUGCCUCGUGGAAAAGGAGAUGUUCGUGGUGCUGGAAUACAUGAGCAGAGGGUCACUCGCCGAUCUUCUCUAUGGGGUCGGCAAGGACUUCGUUCCACUGACUUGGAAACAUAGGCUGCAGAUAUGUAUCGACGCAGCACGCGGAUUACAUUACCUUCACACCGGAGCCAAGCGUUCUGUGAUCCACCAUAACAUCAAGAGCUCAAACAUACUUUUAGACCAACAACGGUUCUGUAAACUCUCGGAUUUUGGAUUGUCGAAACUGGUUCCUCUUAACACGUCGAAAGCAUCGAUAAGAAUCGACACGGAUGGGGUGCUGAGAACUUGUGGAUAUAUGGCUCCAGAGUACUGCAAGCGUGUGCUUACGGAAAAAUCCGACGUCUACUCAUUUGGGAUCGUUUUGUACGAAGUUCUUUUUGGCAGACCACACUAUGAUAGCACACUACCGGAGGAAAAGCAACAUCUGCUUGUUUGGGCCAUGGAAUCACUAAUUGAAGGAACCAUUUAUCAUGCCAUUGAUCCCUACCUCAAAGGAAGGAUAGCUCCAGAAUGUUUGAACAAGUACUUGGAAAUCGCUUCCAGUUGUGUCCGCCAUAAGGGAAAUGAAAGGCCAGUAAUGGGGGAGGUGGAGGCCACACUAGAGCUUGCCUUGGAGCUUCAAGAGAGAGCAGAUUCUGAAAUGGAGGCCAUGAAUCCUUGUGGACAAUGUAUGUAUGAUGAGGCAUCCAUUUCUGCCUCUCUUAGGAAUAUUUUGGGUUUUAAUGGCCAUAAUUUUACUGAUUUUGGUUUUCACUUAUCAGAUUCAGAUAGCAAUAAUGUCAAUAAUAAUAGUUAA